AUGGGAGGAAAAGAUAAAGGACCUAGUAAGAAGACUGAAAUGAAGAAGAAGGAGAAGAUUGUCGAGGACAAGACCUUCGGACUCAAGAAUAAAAACAAGUCAAAGGCAGUCUAAAAGUUUGUGCAGUCAGUCAAAACUCAAGUAUUAGCUGGAAAUGCUAAGGGAGGAGAAUAAAAGAGAUUAGCUGAUGAGUUCAAGCAGAAAGAAGAAAAGAGGAAGGAGGCUGAGCAAAAAGCUCUUCUAGCUUCACUUUUCAAGGGAGUGACUAACAUUCAGUAAACAAUAUUGAGAGAAGGGGAGGACCCAAAAUCUGUUCUUUGCGCUUUCUUCAAAGCUGGCGUCUGUGAGAAGGGAAAGAAGUGUAAGUUCUCUCACGAUCUUAGCUUAGAUGGUAAAGCUGCCAAGAUUGAUAUAUACACUGACCCCAGAGAUAAAAAUGGAAAGGACCCAUCUAGAACAGACAUUACUUGCUCUCAUUUCGUAGAUGCAGUAGAAAAGAACUUGUAUGGAUGGCUUUGGGAAUGCCCAAAUGGUGGAGAUAAGUGUGUGUAUACUCACGCUCUUCCAGCAGGCUACGUUUUGAAUAGAGAUAAAGCUGAUGCUAAUAAAUAGAAGGAAGAGGAUGACGAUGAAUUGACUCUGGAAGAAAAAAUCGAAGAGGAGAGAGCCUAACUUGAAAGUACAAAGCUAACACCAGUCACUCUUGAGACCUUCAAUGAUUGGAAAAAACGUAAAGCAGAGAGAAAGCAAAAGGAGUUAGAAGAGAAGAUGAGGGAGGAGAGUAAAAAGGCUGGUUCAAAGGGCCACAACAUUCUGAGUGGUAAAGCCCUCUUCAAGUACGAUCCAAAUCUCUUCAUGGAUGACGAAAACGCAGCUGAUGAAAAGAUAUAUGAGGAGAGAGAAGAGUUCGAUGAGGAAGAGGAAUAGAAAGAAAGUGACAUCAAGAAGUUAAAGGAUGCUGAAUAGGAUUCUGGCAUGAUCAAAUCAAGUGUCGCAGAUACAAAUGGAGACGCAACAGACAACCAAGAGUCAGUAUAGAUAGAUACCAAUGUCGAUACAGAUCUAUUUUAAUAUGAGGAUAAUGGAUAAGAGGAAGAAGAGCCAGACUUCGAAUGA